AUGCAUCUUAAACACUUCAAGACACUGAUUCCAUAUCAACCAGUGGAGUCGAAAAUAUCAGCACUAGCCUGGUCACCGAACAGUAAACGACUAGCUGUUUCUACAAGUGAUCGUCUUAUUGUUUUAUUUGAUGAAGAUGGUGAACGAAGGGAAAGAUUUUCGACGAAACCGGCUGAUGGAAAAUCAAAAAAAGGCUACGUUGUUACUGGUCUAUCGUUCUCCUUUGAUUCAACGAAGCUUGCGAUUGCUCAGUCGGAUAAUAUGGUGUUCGUUUAUAAACUUGGUGAAAGUUGGGAAGAUAAAAAGGCUAUUUGUAAUAAGUUUCCGCAGAGAAAUCCUGUCACUUGCAUCAUUUGGUCUUCUGAACACCAGAUAAUAAUGGGUCUAAUGGAUGGAAAAGUUAGACUUGCGAAUACAAAGAAUAAUAAAUCAUUAACUAUUUUUAAUUCCGGAUCUUAUGUGGUGUCGUUGGCCGCAAGCCCUAGUGGAAGAGGAUUUAUUUCUGGCCAUGCAGAUGGCAAAAUUGCUCGGUAUAAUUUUGACGAUGACGGCAAUUGCGUGCUACAGGCUAAGGUCGCCACUCAUCCAGUUCCACCCUUUGCCUUAACCUGGGCUGGGAAUUCCAUUUUCGCCGCUGGCUUUGAUAGACGAGUUAUUAUAUAUGGACGUGAUGGGAAGGCACGACAGCAAUUCGAUUACUCGAAAGAUCCCACUGAGAAGGAGUCGACAGUUGCAGUUUCAGGUCCAGGAGGACAUGUUGUUGCUAUUGGAAGUUACAACAAAAUAAGAGUUUAUAAUUUUAGUAUCCGUAAAAAUGUUUGGGAAGAAUUUCCUCCUAAAGUUAUUCGGAACCUCUAUACAAUAACCGCUAUGUGUUGGAAGGCUGAUGGCUCAAAAUUGACGAUAGGGACAUUGUGUGGGGGCGUUGACCAGUUCGACUGUUGCAUAAAACGCAAAAUCUUGAGGAAUUUCGAGUUUGUUUACGUAGGACCAAGUCAGAUUAUUGUUUUAAACAAACAAACACAGGACAAGACCUUGCUCAGAUCGGAUUAUGGUUAUGAAAUUGAAGAUGUCAAUGUUAUGGGCGGAGAUAGCUACCUAGUUGCACAAACAUCCGACACACUUAUUCUGGCUCAUAUACCCACUAAGGAACUGAGUGAAGUGCAUUGGAAAAAAAAUGGAACUAAAUACAAAAUAUUAUUUUCGAGUAGAAAAUUUUGUGUCAUCUUUGGUGCUGGUGAACUCUUUGUCAUUGAAUAUGGAUUGUCAGAGGUGCUGGGGUCUGUGCGCACAGAAGUGACAAAUCCCUACCUCUUCAGCGUUCGAAUAAAUGAAAGGAGUAGAAAUAAUGCGGCCUGCAAAAAGAUCGCUUACAUGUUGGAUGCAAAGACAGUGAAUGUAAUGGACUUGAUAACUGGUCUUACAAUUGGGCACUACGCCCACGACGUGUGUUUAGACUGGCUGGAGUUAAGUGAAAAAGCAAAUCACCUUUUACUUCGAGAUCGAAAACGUCAGUUAAUUCUCCUUAAUACGGAAACCUUCACAUCCUUCGUCUUGCUUCCAUUUUGUUCCUUUGUUCAGUGGAUUUCGCAAAGCGAUGCAAUCGUCGCUCAGUCGAAGGACAGCAUUAGCGUCUGGUAUAAUAUAGAUGCUAUCGACCGAGUGACAACACUGCCGCUACAGGGCGGUGACAUCGUCGGUGUUGAUCGGAUUGGUGGCAAAACGGAGAUUCUUGUAUCCAAGGGCAUGACAACCAUCAGGCAUCCUCUUGACAAUAGCCUCAUUGAAUUUGGAACCGCGAUGGAAGAUAAUGACUUGGAGAGAGCUGUUACCUUUCUUGACUCCCUGGAGAUGGCAGAGGAGACUGAGAGCAUGUGGAAAAAAUUAGCGGAAAAGGCACUGCAAGCCCUCAAUCUCUUGGUAGCAGAACGCUGCUACGCGGCACUGGGUCUCCUUAGCAAGGCACAAUACCUCAAAGUUACUAGGGAUAUUGCCGAACAGGAGGGUGAUCUAAAUCACUACAAGGUUCAGACUCGAUUGUACAUCCUCGCUGGUGACUUGGAACUUGCCGAAGCUAUCUUUCUCGAACACAAUGCGGUUGAUGAGGCGAUUAAUAUGUACACUGAAAUGCACAGAUAUGAAAAAGCUCUUGAGAUUGCAGAGGCAAAAAAUUGGCCAAAGUUGGAGAUGCUGAGAGAGGAUUAUCACAAGUGGUUGGCGGAGACUGGACAGACGGAGGUGUUGGGAGACUUUCGUGCCAGAGACGGUGACAACACGACUGCCGUCAGCCUCUACCUGCGGGCCUCUGUGCCUGGGAAGGCUGCGGCUCUCGCUCUCUCUGACGCCUCACUCUCUGAGGAUCGUGUCAUCUUGGAGCAAAUUGCUCAGGCCCUUGUGCGUGCGAACCAACAGGAGAAGGCGGGUGAGCUGUACAAGCGGCUGCGGCAAUACGAGGCUGCAAUGCGCUGCUACCGCUCAGGCGGCGCCUUCCAGAAGGCCCUCGACGUGGCUCGCGAGCACCUCCCCAGUGAGGUCGUAUGGCUGGAGGAAGAGUGGGGUAAUCAUCUCGUCGCCCAUCGACAGCUCGAUGCCGCCAUUAACCACUUCAUCGAAGCUGGGGCCUACAUAAAAGCGCUAGAAGCGGCCACGAAGGCAGGCGAGUGGACAAAGGCGGCAGAGAUUCUUUCUAGCAUUGAGACAGGAGGCAGUAUGGACUCGAUGACUGCGGCGGCUGUGGGGUCGUAUAGAUUGGAGCUGGCCCGAUACUACUCACGCACACGGCAAUUCGCACUAGCCGAGAAGGCCUUCGUGGCAGCCGGUGCGCCCAACCUUGCCAUUGAGAUGUACACUGACGCCGGCAUGUGGGAGGAGGCUCACGGCCUAGCCUCCACCAGCAUGCAGCAGGAUGCUCUCACCGCGAUGUACAUGCAGCAGGCCGAGACCCUGGAGUACAGUGGUAAGCUGAAGGAGGCAGAAAGACUGUACUUGACUGUGAAACGUGUUGAUCGGGCAAUGACGAUGUACAAAAACCAACGCCAGUAUCGCGAGGUGGCACGUCUUGUGCGUGCUCACAAACCGGAGCUUCUCGAGCAGACACUGAUACGUAUCGCGCAGGAGUUGGAGUGCGAAGGCAAUCUGCGACAGGCCGAGCAAUACUACAUGGAGGCGGGUGAGUGGAAAUCUGCGGUAAACAUGUACCGCACACGUGACCUCUGGGAGGAGGCCUUUCGUGUGGCAGGUGAGUGCCGACAGCAGCCGGAGCUGCGCAAACAAGUAGCUUUCCUGUGGGCCAAGCACCUCGGUAGCGACUCAGCAGUGCGUUUGCUCAACCGCCUCGGGCUCCUCCACACCGCUAUCGACUACGCCACGGAGCACUGCGCCUUCGAAUUCGCCUUCGAUCUAGCGCGCUCUUGCCCUGCGGAAAAGGUCGGAGAGGUGCACAACAAGUAUGCUAUGUUCCUUGAGGAUGAGGGGAAGCUCUCCGAGGCUGAGGAGGAGUUUAUCAAGGCAGGUCGACCACGAGAGGCGGUAUUGAUGUACGUCCACAACCAAGACUGGGCAUCAGCGGCGCGAGUAGCGAGGGAUCACGAUCCAGAGAGCGUGAAUGACGUGUUGUUGGGUCAGGCGCGCAUCGCCUUUAGUGAGCGCGACCUCGCGCAGGCAGAGGCGCUGCUACUACGCGCCCAACGACCUGAUAUGGCGGUGCGUGCCUACCGUGAGACUGGCCACUGGGAAGACGCCAUUCGGGUGGCCCAGGCUUAUCUCCCCUCCAAGCUGCAGGAGCUUCUGUUGAAGUCUGAAGAAAACCACAACGACAUCAACUACACCUUUACUACAGCUGACCACUUACAGGAAGAAUAUGAAGAGGAGAAAAUGCGUACAGACUCGACCGCUGCUACUACUGGCAGCGUCUGUGGUGGCGGUGGCGGUGACCCACAUUGGUCUGCUCAGCGCGGGGCGAAUUCCAUCGGUGCACGCAGGUCCCACGGUUUGGCGACCUGUGCACAGUCUAGCGGUUCAACGUAUCCUCUGAUUGUGACGGCACGACAGCUAGAGGCAAGUGGAGAGUACCUUAAGGCCGUAGAGCACUACCUCAAAGUCACUCCUGACCUUCUCUCUGAAAGCGAAGGCGGUGGUGGUGAGGGCGAGAGUGCAGCCACUCUUGCCCACUCCGUGCAGACGUGCGAGAACCUCUGGGUGCAUGCCGCCAAUCUUGCUACGAAAUUCCUUCCUCCAGAGAACUCGGCGCAAGUGACUGAAUUGGUGGCUACAAGGCUGGCCCGACUUCAACGAUACAGUACGGCUGGCGAGUUGCUGCUUAGCAUUGACAGAUUUGAAGAUGCAGUUAAUGUCUUCGUAGCCGGUGAGGAGUGGGAAAAGGCGCGCAAGAUUGCCAAGGAUUUGGAACCCCAACUUAAGAGUUACGUAGAGAGUAAAUACAAGGAAUCUCUCAAGAAUAGGGGACAGGCGGAAGAACUGGCAGGCGUUGAUGUGCUCUCGGCGAUUGAGAUGUAUGCGGAGCAGGGUCGAUGGGAGAAGUGCAUUGGUGCUGCAGAACGACUCUACCAGGAGACACAUGCGGAACGCGACUAUCAGCUGCUGCAUAAGUACCUCGCUACCUACGCCGCAACUCUGAUUAAGGAGAAACGUGCCUACGACGCCCUACUCCUCUAUAAGCGCCAUGGCACUCCACCCUACGUCCAGAACUUCAACAUCUACAAGGGGAUAUUUCAGGAGAUAACUGCGCAACGUAAUCUCGCCACGGCAGACGCCUAUCCUACGUGGGCGGCUUUGAGAGACACCCUCCUCGAUCUCUACCAGCGAGUCUCUUCUCUCUCUGGUGCUGUCAAAAUCCAGCCCAGUGUAGUUAGUAUCUUCGAGCGCAUGUUUCUGGUAGCACACUACUACGCAACACGCUCGGCAUUGAUCUCUGCAAAGCUCUUUGAUAAUACAGAUAUUCCUUUGGAGGUUCCGAUCCCAGAGGAACCCUACGCCACGAGUGCUGAGCACGAGUCGGUGCGUGAGUGGAUCCUGGCAGUAUCGAUGGAUCAGAAAUUGGAUCAGAUACUACCCAAGGAUGAGCGGGGAAUCUACGUAGCUUGUUUGCGCUCUUCUGCAACGGGAGUGUCUGCUCUGCCGUGUGUGGUAACCGGCUAUCCUGUUUUACGAGAUAAUGUUUCAUUUUCAUCCGAAAGUGGGAAGCACUCAGCUAAUCUAGAGGACUGGAAGCGUCUCACCUACGCUGCUAAUGUAAACCGCAAUGCUGAAUGUGUUGACGUCUUCGAAUUCAUUCGUAAAUGGUGCGGUAGUGUUAUCUAA